GCGUGCCGGUGCCACGUGGCUACAGGCGCAAACGUCGCCGGAGGCAUUCGUCCAUCUCCAGCCAUGAUGUCACAGACAUCGAGAGAGGCGUGCAUCGCGAUCACCAGCGUCACGAGCGCUAUGAGUCUGAGGACACUGAGCGCUAUGACAUGGAGCAAACGGAGCACAGCCUUCACCCACCUGAAGCCAGCCGCACUAUGUCCCCGGCUGCAGAACGUCUGAGGUAUAUUUUAGGAGACGAUGAAGAUGCCAUGCCCACGCCCACUCUCUUCACCGAGAUGGAUACACUCCAACAUGAGGGAGAUGAGCUGGAAUGGAGGGAGUCAGCCAGGUGGGUGAAGUUCGAGGAGAAGGUUGAAGAAGGUGGAGAGCGCUGGAGCAAGCCGCACGUCUCCACAUUGUCUCUGCACAGCCUGUUCGAGCUGCGUACGUGUCUGCAGACCGGCGUGGUGCUGCUGGACCUGGACGGAUACUCGCUGCCCCAGAUCGUCGAUGACAUCAUCGAGCGCCACAUCGAGGAGGGCAUGGUCAAUCCGGAGCUGAGGGACAAGAUCAGCUUUGUGCUGUUGAGGAAACACAGACACCAGACCAAGAAACCCAUCCACCGCUCACUGGCCGACAUUGGCAAAGGCAGCUCCACCCCCAGUCGUACUCCAGCCCGUGGUCCAGCAGCCACUGGCAGCUUCAAUCGCUCCAUAGAGGAUCUGCACAGCAAACAUGGAGGCAGCUAUGGCCGUCUUCGACAUGCCCAGAGCAGAAGUAUGAACGAUAUUACAGACACGCCAAGCACCGACCAGCUAAAGAACAAGUUCAUGAAGAAGAUCCCCAGGGAUGCAGAGGCCUCCAACGUACUUGUGGGUGAGGUGGACUUCCUUGACAAACCCUUUGUGGCCUUUGUACGACUUGCACAAGCCACGACACUAGGAGGUCUGACUGAAGUUCCAGUGCCCACCAGGUUUUUGUUUGUGCUUCUGGGCCCUCCUGGCAAAGCCAAGUCCUACAAUGAAAUUGGCCGUGCUAUUGCUACACUUAUGGUGGAUGAUCUCUUUAGUGAUGUGGCAUAUAAGGCCCGGGACCGAGAGGACCUGAUUGCAGGCAUUGAUGAAUUCCUGGAUGAGGUGACUGUGCUUCCACCUGGCGAGUGGGACCCUAAAAUCCGCAUUGAACCACCCAAAAAAGUGCCAUCUGCUGACAAGAGAAAGUCGGUGUUCUCUCUGAACGAGCUGGGCCAGAUGAACGGCACUGUGGGAGCCGGGGGCGGUACUGCUGAGGAUGAGGAGAUGCCUGUGCCGCAUGAGCUCGGUGAAGAGCUGGCAUACACGGGCAGAUUUUGUGGAGGUCUGUUCCUGGACAUCAAGAGGAAAAUACCCUGGUAUCCCAGUGACUUUUAUGAGGGUUUUAACAUCCAGUCGGUCUCAGCCGUGCUCUUUAUAUACCUGGGCUGCAUCACCAACGCAAUUACCUUUGGUGGCCUGCUGGGAGAUGCAACAGACAAUUACCAGGGGGUAAUGGAGAGUUUCCUGGGUACAGCCUUAGCAGGCACAGUCUUCUGCCUUUUUGGCGGUCAACCCCUCAUCAUCCUCAGCUCCACUGGGCCCAUACUCAUCUUUGAGAAGCUGCUUUAUGAGUUCAGCAAGAGCAGCAGCAUGGACUACAUGGAGCUGAGGCUGUGGGUCGGCAUACACUCCUGUAUCCAGUGCUUCUUCCUGGUGGCCACUGAUGCCAGCUACAUCAUCAAAUACAUGACACGCUUUACCGAGGAAGGAUUCUCCAGCCUCAUCUCCUUCAUCUUCAUCUCAGAUGCCAUCAAGAAGAUGGCUGGUUCCUUCAGCUACUACCCCAUCAACACCGACUUUCAGCCUGACUUCAUCACCUCCUACAAGUGUGAAUGUGUCGCUCCAGAUACGAUGGCUUCACUGCUCUUCGGUGCUGUAGUUCCAGUGCCCGAUAAUACGUCUGCUCUCUUUGGUAUGAAUAUAACAGCUCUUGACUGGAGUCAGCUCAGCAAGAAAGAGUGUCUCAAAUACGGCGGCCAGCUGGUGGGAAGCUCCUGCAAGUUCGUCCCGGAUUUAGCGCUCAUGUCCUUUAUCUUGUUCUUCGGCACCUACUCCAUGACCGUCUCACUGAAGAAGUUCAAAUUUAGCCGCUACUUUCCUACUAAGAUCAGGAAGCUCAUCAGUGACUUCUCCAUCUUCAUGUCCAUCAUGACGUUUGUGGGUUUGGACAUGCUUAUGGGGCUGAAGACUCCUAAACUGAUCGUGCCCACUGAGUUCAAGCCCACACGUCCGGACCGCGGCUGGAUCGUCAUGCCUUUUGGGAAGAAUCCGUGGUGGGUUUAUCUGGCUAGCUUCGUUCCCGCUCUCCUGGUCACCAUCCUCAUAUUCAUGGAUCAGCAGAUCAGCGCCGUCAUCGUCAACAGGAAAGAGAACAAACUGAAGAAAGGGUGUGGGUACCAUUUAGACCUGUUCUGGGUGGGUGUCCUGAUGGUUGCCUGCUCUUUGAUGGGCCUGCCAUGGUAUGUAGCAGCUACAGUCAUCUCCAUCGCUCACAUCGACUCGCUUAAAAUGGAGAGCGAGUCCAACGCCCCUGGAGAGCAGCCACAGUUUCUGGGUGUGAGGGAACAGCGACUGACAGGAAUCCUUGUCUUUGUCCUAACCGGAGUCUCCAUCUUCCUCGCCCCAGUUCUACAGUUCAUCCCCAUGCCUGUGCUCUACGGAGUUUUCCUCUACAUGGGCGUCGCUUCUCUUGGGGGCAUCCAGUUCUGGGACAGGAUCAAGCUGUUUCUGAUGCCAGCGAAGCACCAGCCAGACUACACGUACCUGCGCCAUGUUCCACUCAGGAGAGUUCACCUGUUCACGCUGCUGCAGGUCAUCUGCCUCACUGUCCUCUGGGUCCUCAAAUCCACCUUCCUCGCCAUCAUCUUCCCCGUCAUGAUUCUGGGCCUCAUGCUGGUGCGCAAGAUGCUCGACAUGGUGUUCUCUCAGCACGACCUGGCCUGGCUGGACGAUCUCCUGCCCGGGAAGGAGGAGAAGAAGAAGAAGGACGACAAGAAGAAGGACGGAGCGAAGAAGGAAAAGAAGAAGGUCAGAGGAGAAGAGAGUGAGGAUGAGGAGAAGUUCCACCCGUAUUCCGACUGCGCUCCGGCAGACUUGGACAUGGACCGCAGAGUUGGUGCCACACCGCUGACCCUUGACCUUUUGCCAUUACCUCAUCCUCACUCUCAUAACGGGACAUUGCCACUGCGCAGCAUCACCCUUCACUUGAAGAUCUCGUGCCCGUCGUCGCCGGCGACGCCCGUCACCCGAGGCGUGUCGUGUCCGGUGCCGCAAGUGAAGAUCGAGAUGGAGUCGGAGUACGACGACACCGACACGGAACCCAGAUACAGGAACCGGGACAGCAGCGAGACCACCCUUUAACUUCAUCAGCAGACAACGUGUUGAGGUUUACUAGCGGCUGAUUCCAUCCACACUGUAACCGAACUUUUUCUUAGCAUCAGAACUGUGUCAUGUUUACGGGUUUCCCCUUAAAAGGGUGUACAGAAAAAAACCUUUUAUAGUGUGAGAUCAUGGCUUUUUGUCAGUUCAUUCGGCUAGUUAACUGUAGCGUAAGUGAAUACACAGCUAGCCGAGAUGAGGUCCUGAAUAUUCUCAUGUAGAUUUUCAUUAUCUGGGGCUUCUUGCUCUAUUUGUCAGGAAGUUGAUUCAUGUCCUAUAAACAGCAGGGUUUAUAUUAAUGCACUCACGUUAUAGAAAUGCUCAUUAAGAUGAAUGGAAAUUUGAAGCAAACGGUUGUUGUCAGUGCUUUCUAUAAGAAUGUUUUCCAUCAAUGGAAAGAUUUUAAAUGAGUAAAAACAAACAAAAAACAAAGAGAGAGAGAGAGAGACGUUGUUGAGGAAACGACAGAUGGUCUUAAAACGACAAUCCUCAUGGGAUGCUUUCUAAUCUAACAGGAUCUAACUGUAGAAGCGUUAAAGGCUUUCCCCUAGAUUAAGCAACCAAAGAAAGUCUUCUUCAAGAUAAAAAAUGGAACAGGGUCCGUCGUUCCCAGUGGACGUCUUUACUGUACAGUGGCAGGGGGGGAAAAAAACCCUGAAUGUGUUCUUACUUUAAAUCAGAUUAUAUAUUUUAGAUAAAUACGUUUCUAUUUCUACGUGUGUAUAAUCAGUAUUGUGGUCAUGUUUGUGUUGUAAUGUAUUGCUGAGGAUUGUGGGUAAAAAUAACGAGAUCUACGUUUUUCUUCAUUAUUUCUGAUUAAUAGAAAGAACCAAAUUUUUUCCCCCUCCUCAAUGUUUCAGGUCUGUUAAAGUUAAUCAACUGCAGGGAAAAGAAACAACCAAAAACUCCAAAUAUCAUGUUAUACCUUGUUUUUGUACAUAAAGGCUUAGGUAAAUACAUUUUAGCAGAAAUGGGCGUGUUUAGAGCUUUAAAAUAAAAACCUUUUAUUUUAAAAUGUACCUCCGAUCACAUUAAUGACACAGAUUUACAGACCAAAUGAUUUAUUUUGAUUUAUUUAUUUAUUCAUUCAUUCAUUCAUUUAUUUAUUUAUUU